GGCGUCGGUCAACGUUGGGCUCAACUCAAGAAGAUGGCGUCCUCCAGUCGGUUGCGGUUUGUAGCCAGCAGGUUCGUGGGGCACAAAAGUUGUUUGGUAUCGUCUUUGAGAUCUCUGAGCGGCGGGCCGCAGAGUUCCUCUCAAACUGAAGAGGCCUUGAAAGAUCACAACACGAACUUCGGCUAUGAAAAGGUCUCCGAGUACGAGAAGGCCGAGAAAGUUCGUCAAGUUUUCAGCCGUGUGGCGGAAAAGUACGACUUGAUGAACGAUGCCAUGAGUGCGGGAAUUCAUCGCCUUUGGAAGGACAGGUUGAUCUCGGUCCUGGGUCCGCUGCCCGGGAUGCAACUCGUCGAUGUUGCCGGGGGAACUGGAGACAUUUCAACAAGAUUCAUCCAAGCUGUGAGGUAUCAGGAGCUCCAAGCCGAUGAAAACUUGGAUAUGGAUUUCCGAGACGGCUCAUCUAGUCAGCGUGCGCAUGCUUUUGUUGUAGACAUCAACAGAGAAAUGCUGGAAGCCGGCAAACGACGCAAUGAUCUCCUUUAUCCUGAUAUAUCGUGGACUCAAGGAGAUGCUGAAGAGCUGCCAUUUGGUGAUAGCCAGUUUGAUGCCUAUACUAUCGCAUUUGGUAUUCGCAACGUCACCCAUAUAGACAAGGUGCUUAGUGAAGCGUAUCGAGUGCUGAAGCCUGGAGGAAGAUUUCUUUGCUUGGAGUUCAGCCAUGUAAAAAACCCACUUCUGCGUAGCAUCUACGACAAUUACUCCUUCCAAGUGAUACCUGUGAUGGGCCUCCUGUUGGCUCGAGACUGGAAGUCGUAUCAAUACCUAGUUGAGAGUAUUCGCAAGUUUCCAUGCCAGGACCUGUUCAAGGAAAUGAUCCAAGCGGCGGGUUUCAAAGAAGUCACCUAUGAAAACCUGAUGAAUGGAGUAGCUGCCAUUCAUUCCGGCUUCAAGAUUUGACGGACACGAGAAAGAUUAACUGGGACGGCCUCGCUUCAUUCAAUGGACUUGGUUCGGAUCUCAAUUUUGCGCCAUUGAAGCAACUUGUUCCUUGCUGUUGUGUACAUAGAAAAUGUAUAUAUAAGUAUUUCGAGCUGCUGGUGAAUUGUAGAAAUGAACUUAUUCAUGAAAGUAUCUUCCUGUGCAUUAUCUGCAUUGACAAUCUCUAGCAAGUGGAUUGAAAGUGUUUUAGAAAAUGGCGCUGUCAGAAAGUGUGUGUGGAUUACGCACUACCCCACCUUCACUCAAGCACACACACACAUUUUAGUUUAUUUAAUUUAUUAUUAAUCUGAUACAUGUAGCCCAAGCAGGGAAUAUGACAAGUGUUAAAUAUAUUGGAUACAUUUGACAAAAUAAAACAGAAUUUAUACAAGA